GAGAAGUUAGAGGGCAAAGUAAAGCAGUAGACCCCUUCAAAUUUGCACUCUAAAAAUUCUCCCUAAAAUCCUUACAUUCAACAUCCCUUCCUCCCAAAGAAACCUCUUCAAAACCUCUCUCUUUUCCCUCUUCCCUAAACCCCUUCGAUUUUCCGAUUCCUUUUCCGAUUGAGUCGCCGGAGCUCCGCCGACGUCAAUAAUGGAGGACUGCCUCAGGGAGUCCAUGCGCAAGUUAGCCGUCUGGUUCACCAAAACCUUCAAGCCAAUCAUGACGCACGACGAGCUCGAACCUAUAAUGGCUACUUUAGGCUUCAUCGCCCUAGAACCGGCCGUCAACGGCGCCGGAAUCUCCUGGAAAUCUUAUAAAUACUCCGCCGCUGAUUGCCGCACCAAAUCGGUUUCUCCGUCGCCGCCUACACCGCGACUGCCGUAUCCGAGAAUCGACGGUCUUCACAUUUAUACAUACAGAGCAUUUCUCGAUGCCGUCAAUUUUUAUCUCGAGAAAUUUGAUAUCUCCGAUCUCUUCCAUAUCAGAGGAUUGCCAUUAUAUCGAAACCAUGAUCGAAAUAGGAAGUGGCGUCGAAUAGACGAAGAAGGUGGUAAUUUUGUUUACAGAGAAGGGACUCUAGAUCAAACAACACUCAAUUUAUAUAAUUUCCAUAAGAAUUGCCAGAAUAAAAAGAGACACAGAAAGAAUGAUAGUACUAUCAGUGACGAAGAGAACGACGACCGUGGAAAAAUCAUUGAAGACAGUACAGAUGAAGACUCCAUAUGUAUUGUUAGUUUGAAAGAUGUAAUUACAUAACGGGGCAAUCAAAACAACACAUCUAGAACAAUUUUGGUAUAUUUUCCUUUAGCAAAUCACAAAGAUGUAUUCUUUAAUUAUUUGAUGUCAUAUGGGAGAUUAGAGUUUCAGGUCACACAAGAACAGAACAGAUUUUGCAUGUGGAAGAGAAAAUAGUACUGAUUAGAAUAGUGAAUGAAUUUUAAUGUGGAUAGUUUGUCCAAGCAUUGAUUAGAAUAGUAUGGAUCUUUCGUAAGCCCAUACUAUUUCUAUUUUCAGGCAUUCAGACUUAAGAUUUUUAUGUAGUGGAAAAAAUAUACAUAGCAAAAA